AUGGAAGAUGGAGACCUCCAAUUGCGAACCAGCCCAGGUCGCCCUUUGCGAGAGCAAGAACAGGAGCAAGAAGGGGCCAUUGCGUUGCCGCGUGAUGAGUCGGUGGAUGAAUGGAUAUUCGAACUUCCGCCGCUACCUUGGGACACAUACAAAACAGCCUUGGUGCGCUCUGUGCUGGCUGGAAAACGCUCCCAAAUCCAGCUUGAUAAACCGAGUGGCCGAACAGUUUAUAUGGGACCGACAAGCAACCAGCAUCAGAUGGGUACGGCUGGUUCCCAGCUGCCGAGGCCGGUUGAGCUACCCAAUGCCGAAGGCCAGGCCAACAGCACCAGUUUUACUCUUGCUGAGCUGCAGUUGUUCUACCGUAUGCUUUUAGGGAGAAGGCACAGACUACAUCCCCAGUGCCUCGCACCCUCUGCUUCGACAGGAUGUUUCGUGUCCGAGGCGGACGAGCCUACAACUCAAGUCCUGUCGCGCAAGUCGUCAUUGGUUGAACAUUACGGCGGUGAAUUCAGCUCAAUGGCGGGCCUUGAGCUUGAAAAUUGCUGCUUGGAAAACAUGAAGGCGUUCUUGCUGAAAGCAUAUCUUGACGCGCUGCAUGGAAAAUUUGACUCUGCUACAGUUCUUAACAGUGUCGCUUGUGCGAUGGCCAAAAGGCUUGGAGUACAUGUCGACUGUAUGUCAGAUCAGGCAACAUUGAAUGACCUUGCAACGGAGGCAAAGGAGCCUGCCUCUGCCUUUUGGGCUUGCCUCUGGCUUGAUAGGCGGCUGGCCGUACUCGAAGGAAGGGGUUGUCACAUCGACCAUGUCGAUGUAUCAACCACUCGACCCCUAACACUCCUGUCGACGAGCGCCGAAGUUGGCGAACUUCCAUUGUCGCUCGAGCUCAUCUUUGCCUGCCAUGUGGAACUCUUUUGGAAUCAGGACAUUGUCCUCGGCAAGCUGUACCGGUUUAUCGACGAUGUUGCGAAAGACGAUGCCAUCUCGGAUGGCCACAUGAAGUACAUUUCAUGGCUCUCCUCAGUGCCCUCGGCUAUGCGGGAUAUACCAAAAAGCAAGACAAUCCAUCCGAGUUUACUUGCUUUCCAUUUGUGCUUCCAUACGGGCCUCAUUCUCCUGCAUCGCCGGUUGCUUGGCGACCCUGGUCAAACUGCAGAACUAUCCAAUCGUCGGUGCCAGGAGUCUGCAAGUACCAUCACGACGCUUCUGAAACCAUACCGCGAUAUCUUUCCCAACACAUUGUCGGAUCCCAUGGUCUUACAUGCCGCUUUCACAUCUGCAUUGGUCCACCUCGCUCUUCUCUUGCAACCGGAUAUUGUGUCGUACCGAUCAUCUCUGAGAGCCCUUCGUGUGACCAAAGAAUUUCAGUUCAACUAA